AUGCGUCUGCCGCACCUCGAGCAGCUUCAGCCUCCGCCUCCGCCGUCUGGGAGGAGGCUGCCGCUCCUCGACGGCACGCCGUUUCGAAUCGGCCGCAAUGCCGACUCGGAAGCAGUCGUUCACGGCGAGUUCAUCAGCCGCGAUCACGCGAGCCUCCGCAAGUCGGACUCCGGCGGCUGGGUGCUCCGUGAUCUGUCUCGCAACGGCGUCUUCAUCGCGGGUUCGCUGCGGCUGAAGCCGAACCAGGACCACAUCCUCACCGACGGCGACGAGAUCCGACUCGGUGGACCUGGAGCCGAUGCGGAGGCCAUCUUCCGUUUUGUGCAUCCGUCCAGUGGCUCGCCCGCACUUGCCGGUGGCGAGGAGGAGGCGGGCGGCGAGGAGAUGGAGGCGGCUGGCGAGCAGACGGAGGCGGGUGGAGAGAGGGACGGCGAGGCGGAGGCGGCGGAAGAGAGCGAGGAGGAGUGCACGCAGGAGGACCCGGAGCUGAUGCACUGCCUCGCCGCCGCCGCCGCCGCCGCCGCUGGUGCAGCUCCAGCCUCCUCUGCCGCAUCUGACGACCUCGACGACGAGACUGCUCCGGGCCUGGCUUCCGUCAUGCCCUUCUCUCUCUCGAACGCCGAGUUCGUGGAGGCUGCCCGGGGCGUGUGCGCCGCUGAGGCUGCCGCUGCGGCGGCGGCGGCGGCGGAGGAGGAGGAGCGAGCGGCCAGCAAGCCGGUCGCGGCGGCGGCGGCCGUCUCGGGGACGGGCGGCGCUGGUGCGGCUCCGGCCGCAAAGCGCGCGCGCAUCGACUGCUUUUACCCCGACGCAGGGGCGGCGGCGCGAGACGCGACGGGAGCGCCGGCGCCAGGCUCGCCGGUGGGCGGCAGCAGCACGGGCCAGUCAGGCGCAGCUGCGGCGGCGCCGUCUGCGGGCGGGGGCUCGUCGCGGUCGCACGGGGGCGGCGUGGCGGCAGCGGGGUCGGGUGCCGGGGCGGGCCGGCUGCACGGCUUCUCUCGCAAGCCGUCGCAGGAGGCCAGGGCGUUGGCCGAGGCGGACGCCGUCCGCCCGGACGGGCAGGGCGAGCUGGGCCACAGGUUUGGCGCUCCGCCCUUCUCCGUGCUCAACAGCCAGAGGGGGUACUGGAAGGAGCGGAGGCACUUCUGGGAGGGGACGUACAACGUGCACUCCGAGGAGGGCCGCGGCGACAACCUCAUCGGCUACAAGGGCCUCGGAGGCGAGGGGGCGAGGGGCACGUCCGUCUUCUGCCCCGUCCUCUCGGAGCUCUGCUGCCGCUGGUGGUGCCCCGCCGGAGGGACUGUGCUCGACCCGUUCGCCGGAGGGUCUGUGCGCGGCGUGGUCGCCGGCUGGCUCGGCCUGCGGUACGUCGGCCUCGAGCUGCGGCGCGAGCAGAUCGCGAGGAACCGCGAGCAGGCGGCGCGCGCCGGCGCGGUCGCGGGGUCGAGCGGCCACCGCUGGCGGCCUCCGGAGUGGGUGGAGGCGGACGCGCGAGAGCUCGCCGAUGGCGACGGCCCCGCGGGCGCGCCUCGGCAGGCCGACUUUGUCUUUUCGUGCCCGCCGUACUUUGACCUCGAGCAGUACUCGGACGACCCCCGCGACCUGUCGAGGGCGCACAGCUACGCCACCUUCCUCGCCGCCUACGAGGCGAUCAUCGCCGCCGCCGCGCACCGCCUCAAGCCUCGCCGCUUCGCCUGCUUCGUCGUCGGCGAGAUCCGCGAUGGCGACGGCUUCAUGCGCAACUUUGUGGGCGACACCGUCUCCGCCUUCCAAAAGGCGGGCUGCCGGCUGUACAACUCGUGCGUGAUGCUGCUCCCCUUCAACACGCUGCCCGUGCGGGCCGGCAAAGCGAUGGCCUCCUCCGCCAAGCUGGGCAUGUGCCACCAGCACGUGCUCGUCUUCUACAACGGCCGCAACCCCGCGGCGGAGGUCAAGGGUCUCAAACUCGCAAACAUGACGCGCCCGCUCGAGUGGGAGUGA